AAAUGAAAUGAUUUGAAGAAGGCUGAUAAUGUCAUUUCAAGAAAGCAGCAAAAGCAAAAUCCUCCGGCAAGUCGAUCUCGAAGGAGAGACGAUAACUGGAGAAAGGAAAGGAAAGGACGGAGCAGCGGCAGCAUUAGUAGUACGCUACAGUACUAUCACUUAAAGCGUAACAAACAAAUCCUCAGCGUCAAAAGAAUCCUCCUCUCUCGCUUUCGCUCUCUGUUAGAUCUUUCCUUUCCUCUCUUUCGUCUUUCUUUUCGUUAUAGUUUCAGCUUCUUUUAUCUGCCUCGAUCCCCAGUGAAUAAUUAUAAUUUGAAAGUUGAAGAAACGAAACAGGGGUUGGGGUUUUAUUUUCUUGUGGCCCAGACCACUUUUAGGUUUCAGAGGAAUGGCGGAGAAAUCGUGUGUUAAGCGCCUUCAGAAAGAAUAUAGAGCACUUUGUAAGGAACCAGUUUCUCAUGUUGUUGCUCGUCCAUCCCCAAAUGACAUUCUUGAGUGGCAUUAUGUGCUGGAAGGGAGUGAAGGAACGCCUUUUGCAGGUGGGUAUUAUUAUGGAAAGAUCAAGUUCCCUCCAGAGUAUCCCUACAAACCUCCUGGAAUCACGAUGAUCACCCCCAAUGGACGGUUUAUGACACAGAAGAAAAUAUGCUUGUCCAUGAGUGAUUUUCAUCCAGAAAGUUGGAACCCUAUGUGGUCUGUAUCUAGCAUACUUACCGGGCUUCUCUCUUUCAUGAUGGAUAACAGUCCUACCACUGGCAGUGUGAACACUACUGUUACUGAGAAGCUACGCUUGGCAAAGACAUCCCUUGCAUUUAAUUGUAAAAACCCCACAUUCAGAAAACUGUUUCCGGAGUAUGUGGAUAAGCACAACAAACAGCAGCAGCUUGUGUCAGAGCAUUUAUCACCAGAAUCACCUGAAGGAGAAAAUUCUAAACCCGAGACUGAAAAAGUUGUUAACUCUUCAGGGGAAGAUGUUAAAAAAGUAGAUACCCUCAGGAAUACACGAAGAAUCCAGAAACAGUCUUUCCCGACGUGGAUGAUGUUGUUGCUUGUUUCCAUCUUUGGUAUUGUAAUGGCGUUGCCACUGCUUCAACUUUGAUAUGGGUGUCACAACAUGGAAAAAAAUUGUAGUGAGUGAUUAUAACAGUCUCUACUUUAGGGAAUCCUUUUAAAUGCUCCAAAGGUUUGCUCUGUUCUAGAAAUUAUGUAUAGGGGGUUUGGUUCCUUGGAAGGAGGGUCAGUUGGAUCUUGACUGAUGUUUCUACUAUGUUAAGUUCAUGUCGGUGACCAAUUGAUGUCGAAACAUUACAUGCUUGCAACAUUGUUAUUAUUUUAGUUGGAGUCGUUUGAUUGAUUUGGUUUCAUA